AUGCUUUCAAGGAGCUUGGACUGUCACUUCAUGGCUUCUUUUGCUUCCAAUCGUUUACUCUCUGAGCGGCUUGAAUACUUGGAGGUCGAGGAAAAUACCCGCCUUAAGAAAGAAGCUGAGAAAGCGAAGGAGGAAGUUGAGAAGGCAAAAGAGGAAGCCAAGAAGGCAAAAGAGGAGGCCGAGAAGGAGAAAGAGGAGGUCGAGAAGACUGUCAAAGCCAAAGCCGAUGAGUUUGAGAAGAAGCAUGCUGAAAAAGAGAUCAAGACCAUAGAACAAUGUGAUAAAGUUGGUUUUUGCACUGUAUAUCGGGCCUUGAUUUCGAACCCUAACAUGGACACCAGCUUCUUGGAGGAGAAGGAAGAGGAAACUUUAGCUCUUUACGAGAAGACCAUGAUGGAGGAAGAAGAUGGCGAGGUCGAGGAAGAAGAACAAGAAGAAGAUCUGUCCAAAAAAUGGCCCUUUUGCCGAGAGAAUGGUUUGCCCCUAGUGGCACUUUUUUCUUUGCUUUUUUUUGCUUCCAAUCGAUUACUCUCUGAGUGGCUUGAAUACUUGGAGGGUGAGGUCCACAAGUUAUUAUCACAAUGCAAGGUUGUGAGUAAGCACUGGGAUGACUCUCAACAUCAAAAUACCCACCUCAAGCAAGAAACCGAUAAAGCGAAGGAGGAGGCCGAGAAGGCAAAGAAGGAAGCUGAGAGGGCAAAAGAGGAAGUCGAGAAGGCGAAGGAGGAGGCCAAGAAGGCAAAAGAAGAGGCCGAGAAGACCAUCAAAGCCCAAGCUGAUGAGUUUGAGAAGAAGCUUGCUGAAAAAGAAAUCGAGACCGUACAACGAUGCGACAAAGUUGGUUUUCGCACUGUAUAUCGGGCCUGGAUUUGGAACCCUAAUAUGGACACCAGCUUCUUAAAGGAGAAAGAAGAGGAGACUUUAGCUCUUUGCGAGAAAACCAGGAUGGAGGAAAAAGAUGGCGAGGUCGAGGAAGAAGAAGAAGAAGAAUAUUUGUCCAAGUCUUCCAGCAUGUAG